UCUCACUCUGUCCUUUUUUAGUACCGUCCAAUCGUUGUUCAUUCUUCUCAUGCUUGUCUCCAUUUUUCGGUGUAAUGUGUUCUUUGGUCUUCCUCUUCUCCUUUGGCCCUGAGUAUCCCACGUGAGGGCUUGCCUUGUGAUGCAAUUGGGUUCUCUCCCCAAUGUGUGUCCUAUCUACUUCCAGCGCUUCCUGGGAUUUGGUUUGUUCUCUCCCACAGUAGAUUGUUGCUGAUAGUGUCUGGUCAACAGAUCCCAAGUCUUUUGCGUAGACAAGUAAACUGAGUCAUGUUGGUAGGCGUAGACUACCUGGUUGGGGACCGCAAGAUGAUAGCAAGCGAUGGCUAGAGACCCUGAAUGACAUGGCUCAAAAUCAUUUGCAAUGGCGCAAGUUUUGGUGGAGCUUUGUUCUCUGAGCUGGAUGGGUUGGUCGUGGAGCUUUCAUCGUUCUUCUGAACGACAUCAUCCACCAUCUCAACGGCGCAAGUUCAUCCACUUUUGUGCUCUCCCAAAUUCUAAUCUCCUGAUUCCUUCUUGUCACUUCUUUCUCUUCCCAAAUUUAUUUCACUGUAUUAUACUCCUUGAAUAACAUCUUCAAACCCUAAUGUUUCCGAUUACUGCUUAUACUCUUACUAUCUCUACCACUAUGGGGUUUGAAUCGACAACUGCAUCUCUGUGCUAAUGUGGUAUGGCAACUCGAACUGAUGUACGUACGUAGGAAGUUCUACGUUGUUACUGACUGACUGAUUGCUUAGACAACUAUUAAUCAACACUUGUAUCUUCUGGAUGAUGGCUUUCGUGGUUCUCCAAGUUUCCGCCCCAUAUAGUAGAACUGUUUUGACAUUUGUAUUGAAAAUUCUGACUUUGGUGUCAGUUGACAGUUGUUUUGAGUUCCAGAUGUUCUUCAGUUGUAGAUAUGCUGAUCUUGGUUUGCCGAUCCGCGUCUUUACAUCUGCAUCAGAUCUACUGUGUUCAUCAGUGAUGCUGCCCAGAUAUGUAAGGGCUUUUACAUCUUUCCAAGCUUCUCCGUCAAGUGUGAUUCGAUUAUUGCAUGCUGUAUUGUGUCUGAGAAUCUUGCUUUUCCCUUUGUGAAUGUUGAGACCUACUGCUGUUGCUACACUGGUCGUCUUCUCCUGCAUUUGUUGUUGCGUGUGCGAUAGAAGAGCCAGAUCAUCUGCGAAGUCUAAAUCGUCCAGCUGCAUUCUAGUUGUCCACUUUAUCCCAUGCUUCCCCUCAGAUGUUGACGUUUUUAUGAUCCAGUCGAUCACCGGAGAAAGAGAAAGGAUGAGAGUAAGCAACCUUGCCUAACACCGGUCUUCACUUCGAACGACUUUGUCAACUGUCCUCCAUGCACAAUUUUGCAGUGUAAUCCAUCAUAUGAGUUCUGUAUGAUAUUGACUAUCUUCUGAGGCACGCCGUAGUGUCGAAGAAGUUUCCAUAGUGUUGUUCUGUCCACGCUGUCAAAUGCCUUUUCGUAGUCAAUGAAGUUGAUGUAGAGUGGUGAAUUCCAUUCAAUUGAUUGUUUCACAAUGAUCCGUAGUGUUGUGAUUUGGUCUGUACACGAUCGAUGCUUACGGAAUCCUACCUGUUGGUUUCGAAGUUGGGGUCUACGGAUUCCUUCAUCAUGUUUAACAAUACUCUGUUGAAGACUUUUCCCGGUAUUGAGAGAAGAGUGAUGCCCCUGUAGUUAUCACAGUUUCUGAGAUCGCCCUUCUUUGGUAUUUUGACCGGAAGUCCUUCUUUCCAGUCUGUUGAUAUUUGUUCCUCAUCCCAAAUCCUAUUGAAGAGAAUGUGGAGUAUCCUUGCAGUUGCCGCUAGGUCUGCUUUUAGUGCCUCUGCUGGGAUAUUGUCCGGUCCUGCCGCUUUGCCACUCUUGAUUUGUCUGAUGGCCAUGCUGAUUUCUUCAAUUGUUGGUGGGCCAACAUUGAUUGGGAGGUCCGUGGUUGCUGCUUCGAUGUUGGGUGGGUUCAGUGGAGCUGGUCGAUUCAAGAGUUCUUUGAAGUGUUAUACCCACCUGUUUUGUUGCUCUUCAAUGUUGGUGAUUACUUUGCCUUCCUUGCUUUUCACUAGUCGUUCUGGUUUGCGGCGAUUUCCAGCGAGUUUUUUUGCUGUAUCGUACAAUUGUCUCAUGUUUCCUUCUCUUGCAGCCUUUUCAGCCGUCAUUGUUAGAUCAUUUAGUUGAUUCAUCUUUUUUCGCAUGGUCUGAUAGAUUGAAUCUUUGUCGAUCUGUCUACUGAUUGACAACUAAAAUUUUCAUCAAAUGUCCGAAAUAGACUUUACAAUUUGGAUAUUAGAAGAGAUUUAAAAUCAGUCAAACAUAUUUUUUCUAAUGGCAUUAGCCUUUGCAAAGUUACAUCUGUUUAUUAAACCUACCGACACCAUAGAUCCAGAUAAACGACAAGAAGUCAUGGAGCUUCCGCAGCAAUUCACACUUCGUUUUUUUGCUCUUUAGUAAACCUUUUUAACAAAGUAGGGAUUUAUGACACAAGUAUUCCGGUCGGUAUGAUGACAAGUGAAUGUCCCUACUUUGUUGAGGUUGUAGUUUUCUGCUAAGUGUGUAUACAUUUAGUUAGCUUGCACCAUCUUUGCAACUAUCGACAUUUCGCUUGACCGACUUAACAUAUUGGAUGUAUUGUAAUAUGGGUAUGAGCAGUCCAAAGUAAUCAGCUUAAUGUUUUUGGAACCACGAGACAUAAAAAGAAUUUUAAUUGCAUAUAUAUUACAUUUUUGAAAAUGUCAUCUGUGCGUUUUGUUUGAAGUAGUGUAAACAUACAGAUAUUUCAUGUAUUUAGUUUUUACCUAAAAAUCUCAAGUCAAUGUUCAUUGAUUGUUUUUGUUUCUUAUUUCAGUCAUCGAAUGAGUUCCAGCAGCUCCAGAAUUUGAUUUCCGGUAACUGUUCGUCUUCAGUUUCCUCUCAAAAUGAAAAUGCUGUAAUUUGUGAGUAUUCUCAGCCAAGUUCUGUGACUGAAGUUGUCAAUCAGAAUGAAUUCACAAAUCUCGAUGAAUCUAACUUUGAUUCCUUAUGUUAUCUUACUGAGUUGCAACGGGAUUGUUCAGAGCUCCCUUAUACAAAUCUGACUGUCAAAUCUCUUCCUCGUCGAAUAUCUUCGAAUAGUAUAUUGCGGAAACUCCACUAUUUGGUCAAACGUAACUCUUCAGAACGUUCUAUCUGGUUGCAUCAACGUUCAACUCAAAAUAUCCUUGAUUCUACUAAGCAUGCUUCGAAAACUUUUCAAAUUCUUAGAGUAUUUCGUAAUUAUUCAGAUAGUUUGCCUGGAUUAGUAGCAUUCGGUGUGCGUGAAGUUGUAACACCUUUAGAAAAUAAAACUGAAAUAUCUAAUGCUAAUGAAAAUGUAUCAAACAAAUUCGCGAUCCUCCUUCUACCUAUUUCUGGUGUCCCUUUUGUUACAGAAGAGUUGUUUUCAUCCACUGCAACAAAUUUCGUUUUAGGCAAUGAUUUAAAAUGUGGCGAUCUUGUUAUGGUAUUUAGUCCAUGGUUAACAUAUCCUUCUCAUGAAUUCAAUAGUUUGCCUGUGAUGUAUUCAUUCUUCUGGGUUGAACGUUUAAGACAUGAGGUUUUAAGUGAUGUAGAAAAUGAUUUUCCUAAUUCCCAAAUAAUCCCUCAUAAACCUGAACUAAUUACUUGUUCAUGUUUAAUAUCAUGUGAUGCAUUUAUUGUUUUGAAUUGUCCAAAACGUUUUAAAGGAUUAGCAGAACCAAAGUCAUCUGUCAUUCAAACGUUUCAGGAUUCUUCCGAAAAUAUGUUGACAGAAAUAUUUAAUAGGAAGUGUUUUUUAGUCUUGGGUUGCUAUCGAUUUUGGUUACUGAAGAAAUUAAGAUAUAUUCUAUUAGUUUGGCAUUACAACGAUUGUCCUGGACUAAUUCUUCUACCAGAUCAGCUAGUUCAUUCGGGUAACCUCAAUAAUCCUGUUGUUUCUUAUCAAGAUUUUCAUAUUGGAAAUGUGUACACAUCCGAGUCACUUUUACAACUUCCUGAUAAUCAGUUGCAGGCUAAUGUUCAAAGGGAAAUACAUAAUCACUUAAAUGAAAUUAAACAUAGUUUGGAUUCGAAAUAUGUCAAUAGUUUAAAUCAUUUCAUCCAUGGUUCAAUUAAUCCCCAUAUUUCUAUCAGUGAAAAUACAUCCAUAGAAUAUUCAAACUGUUCAAUAAAGUUAUGGGAUGCUCGUGCAUCUCGUUUCAAUUUGGUAGAAUCAAAUUAUAUUCACUUCAGUUUGUCAACUCCAUACAAAAGUAACCUGGGUAACUAUACGCGCUGUUCGAUCAGUGGUUACUUAGUAUUUGAGCCAGCAGAAGGUUCACUUGUCAAAGAUGUUAUUUUCGAUUUGUAUAAUCAUGAAAGUAAAAAAUUGAAAUGUUCUUUAAAAAAUCUAAAUAUAUUUACUAAUGAACAAAAGUCUACACGAACAUUUUACUUAUGGAUUUCUGAAUCUGUUACAUCAACAUUAAUUCCAUGUAUUUGUUUAGUCGAUGUUACUUCACCUAUAGAGUUAAUUUACGAACAAUUAUUUGCUAUCUCUUCAACAUCAAACUUUUUAUCUACUACUGGAUUUGGUGUUUAUAUAAUCAUUGAUCAAGGAUUAUUUUUUGAUAGUUUCAUUCUUCUAGAUCGUUUUACGUCAAUUAAGACUGAGAAUUACUCUCAACAUUCUUCAUCGAUGUAUGCUUUAAAAAAUUCUCUCUCCAAACAGAUUUAUUCCAACUAUAUUUUAUUACAGUCACUUGAAGAUGUGAAUAAGUUACGUGUUCAUCAAAUUGUUAGUUUUUCAGGUACAUUGAUCCAUGUAGAUACAAGUCGAUCACAUGUUUGGUCUAUUUGUCCUUAUUGUGCAUGCGCUGAUUUUGAAAUAUAUUCUGGUGUUGAUAAUAAAGUCAAAUAUUUUUCUAAACAAGAAAAUUUGAAAUGUGUCCGAUGUUUAGCGCUUUUAUCAAAUCCUCUUGAACGAUUGGAAACAGAAGUACAAGUUUUAAUUAAUUUUGACAACGAUCAAUCCACUGUUAAUAAAUUGAAAAGACAUAAAUCAUCUGUAGAAUUGACACUAAAUAUGGCCUCUUGGAGACUUUGCAAAUUACUCAAUGUAACACAAUCAAAUUUGUUGAAGGGAUCAGGCCUCACUGCACAAAAGUUAGUAAAUUGUCAUUUAGACAAUGUAAUUGGAAUAGUUGUGCAUAUACCAAACAAAGUAUUUUCAAUUGAUAAUGUACAAAAAUACAGUGGUUAUUUGAGAAAUAUUUAUGUGAUCGAACUAGAUCAAAUGGGUAAUGGCAAAUAAAUGCUGUAACUAUUUACAAUGGCUUUAUAAAUCACAAUCGUUAUUAGUGUUGGCUUUUCAAGUGCAGUUAAUUACCAUAUGUGAUACAUCGUCUAUAUUUGUCUCGUGAUUUAUUUCUAUCAUUCAAGCUACAGGAACAGAGAAUAAAAGAUAAAUAUAUACAAACAAUUUUCCAUCAUUUGUAAAUGCUUUUUUAAUUUUGUAAAUUUCUUUACAGAAUACUAUUUUGUGCAAAAAUACAAGUUGUUUGUGCGUUUUC